AUGUCUCUGGUACUUCUAAUCAAUAUUUUCGACCCCAACCCGGGAGAUAAGUGCGACAGAGGGAAACAGAUCAGUUUGAAGCACCUAGCUCAAAGGACGGCUGUUGCUCUCUCGUCGUCAUUCUCCAGCACUGUGACGAGACUCUCUGCGCCGAGAAUCACGUUCCCAGCCCCUCAGUUCAAGGCUACAGCUGUCAUCGACGGGGAAUUCAAAACCAUCGCGCUCAGCGACUACGUGGGGAAGUAUGUGGUCCUGUUCUUCUACCCCUUGGACUUCACGUUUGUUUGUCCGACUGAGAUCCUGGCGUUUUCCGAAGCAGCGAAAAAAUUCAGAGAGAUAGAGUGCGAGAUCCUGGCGUGCUCGUGCGACUCCCAGUUCUGUCAUCUGGCAUUCACGAACACCCCGAAGAAAGAAGGUGGUCUUGGCGCCGUCGAUAUCCCCCUCAUCUCGGACGGAACGAAAAUUAUAGCGAGGAAGUACGGCGUCCUCAAAGAAGAUGAAGGAGUCGCCUUCAGGGGACUGUUCAUCAUCGACCGCCAACAGAGACUUAGGCAGAAAACCAUAAACGAUCUGCCGGUGGGACGCAGCGUUGAAGAAACACUGCGUCUGGUUCAAGCCUUUCAGUUCACCGAUAUUCAUGGAGAGGUGUGUCCCGCUGGCUGGAGGCCGGGCAAGGAUACAAUAAAGCCAGAUGCCAAGGCGAAGAAGGAAUACUUCGAGAAACAGGAUAAAAAGACCACAGAGACGGAUCCUACGGAGAACGUGAGCUAG